AUGGCCGCGGAACAUUUAUCCAGAGCUUUUGAUCAAAAUGUACGCGGUUGGAAAGUGUUAGCCCUGUGGAUCCGAGAGGUCGAUAAUAAAUACUACAAAUGUUACGCUGUUUUGUCCUUGUUAAUAUGUUUCGUCAUUUACGAUGGUCUGUUAUCUUUAAACUUACUCUAUUGUCCAAGAAAUCUAGAAGAUUUCGUUCCAGAAGUUCUAUUCUACUUCACAUCUGUCGUGCUUGUCUUCAAAAUUCACAUGGUUGUUUUCAAAAACAAACUUAUACUGAAAGUUUUCAGUAUAUUGGACAGCGAUGAAUUUGCGGGCGAAACGGCAGAGCACAAGGAAAUAAACGCAACCUUCAUAUCUUUGUACAGGAAGGCUUUUGUCAUGUACUUCUGGAUCGGACAUAUAGCAUUCAUGGGAUACACUCUGAUACCUUUACUGAAAUUUAUUUUCAUAGGCAAAAAGUUGACUCUAUCCGUUUGCAAAUAUUAUUUUCUUACUGACGAGGAAAAGGAAGAUAAAUUAUUUUUCUACUGGUGUUACCAGUCUAUUGGGAACUAUGUUCACAUGAAUUACAGCGUGCAUACUGACACCUUCAUGCCUGGUUUAAUUUUUAUGGGAAUUGGGCAGUUUAAGGCUCUCAAUAUGAGGCUCUCCAAUAUUAAGAGCAAAUCUAAGAAAGGAAAGGAUCUGCGGCAUGAGAAACACUUGGAAAAGGAACUGGUUCAGUGCUUGAAGCACUACGACAUGAUCAGAGAGUACUGCUCACUGAUAGAGGAGUUAUUUGACUCGGCCAUGUUUGUUCAGUUCGGCGUAGGCGCAUUGAUCAAUUGUGUAGCUUUUAUUGGUUUGCUACAGCAACCAACAGAAGGAAGGUUCUUCAUGAUGUUAUACGAUGUCAUGAUGACGGUACAGAUAUUCACGCCAGGCUUCGCCGGAACUCAGUUGGCCCAUGAGAGCGGGCUGACGACAUCAGCAGCGUACUCUUGCGACUGGAUCUCGCGCUCCGCCUCCUUCAAGCGGAGCCUGGUGCUGCUGGUGGAGCGAGCCAACCAGGCCGUGGAGCUGACCGCCUGCUCUAUGUUCCCUCUGUCGCUGGCCACGUUUAUUUCGAUCAUGAAAGGAGCAUACUCUUGUUUCACAUUAGUUCGAGCAAUGAACAUCCGAGAAGAAAAUGAAUAAUUUGUAAGAUAAUCACCAUAAAAUUUAAUAAAGAGAUGCUUUUAAUAUUCA